AUGGGCCCAACACUUCGUGAAAAUCCUGAUAGUAUCGCUACUGGUACCGUUAAUAUUUGUGUGCUCAGCGCCUCAUUACAUUCUGCGAUAGCAGCUAUUAUAUUUGGACCUCUCACUUUACUCUGCACUAUCAUUAUUGCCGUCAAACUCUUCAACGCGAAACUCCAGCGCUUAUGUCCAGCGGAGAAAACUAUGUUUGUCUUUGAAGUGUUCUUGGCUUUGACUACGCUGAUGUAUGCAACAACACAGGCACUUCUGUAUUCCUCCAAAUACCUAUUCAAGGACGCGGGUAUGCAAAACGCAGUAUUGUUCUUCAGAAAUUUCAUAAUCGACGUUUUUAUUUUACCUAAUGCAUGGACACUUCCUCUUUUAUGCACUACAGUUAGACGUUUUUAUAAAAGAACACUGCUGAGAAUGACUAGGAGAGAUAGCAGGACACAAACGACGCGAUUUUCGAAAGGAUAA